GUCUCAUGAAAAGUAAAUUUUUAGUAAUGAAUUUUUAGCUAGAGAAUCAUUCAAAAUGAGCUCUUUUUCAGACAGUGCGUUGAUUGAAAAGCUUUCUGGUCUAACCAACUCUCAGCAGAGUAUCCAGACAAUGUCACUAUGGCUGAUUCACCACAGGAAACACGCCAAGAAGAUUGUUAAAAUUUGGUUUGGAGAACUCAUGAAAGCCAAGACACGUCACAAACUUGUGUUCAUCUAUCUUGCAAAUGAUGUGGUGCAAAAUGGCAAGAAGAAGGGGGGAGAGUUCACUAAGGAAUUCAGCACAGCCAUCCACAACGCAUUUAUCCAUGUUAUGGAAACCGCAGAAGAUGAGAAAACGAAAAAGGCACUAGCAAGAGUGCUAAGUGUAUGGGCAGAGAGAUGUGUGUUCCAUUCCCACUUGCUGCUUAAAAUGACAUCAACUCUCUCAGGUGGAGAACCAGUAGUGAAGAAAUCGCGACAUCGCGAGCCUCAACAUAGAGAUGGGCGUCGAGGUGAAUCACGCCACCAUCGCUCUCAGCGUAAACCUUCACCAGCCACCGCCCCGCCUCAGUCAGACUCGGAGAGCCUCAAUGAAGAAGCCCCUAAGAAGGAGCAACAAUUUGAAGGCUCAUUCGGGGAGAAGUUUGAGGCGUUGCACGAGUUACUUGAUGGAGAGGGAGAUGAGGAGGAAGAAGAACAUGUAGACCCAGAAGAAGUCCCAGAUGCUGAUGAGAUAGUACAAGCUCUUCAGGAUAUGGAUAACUCAGCUUCAAGUGAUGCCGUUGUGAGGGAACAGAUCGCAAAAUUGCCUCCCGAAGUUCAGGAUACCAGCCUGCUGGAAAAGAUUGAAGACACAGAAGGUGCGGACCGACUGUCAGCGUUGGUGAACGAUGCCUGCUCUCUCCUCGAUGACUACAACGUUAGAUUAUCCCUAGAGUUGGAAGACAGACAACACGUCAUGAAGAUGCUGAAAAACUACAGAAUAUCACAGCAACAGAAACUCAAAGCAUCAGAAGAGAAACUUAAGGACUUUGAAGCCAAGCUGACCAAAGUGACCAUGGUGCGCAAGGACCUUGAAUCUCAUAUACAGAAUCUACCAGACCUGACGCUACUGCCAGACGUCACUGGGGGGUUAGCACCCCUGCCCUCUGCUGGUGACCUCUUCUCCAUUUGAAGCCAGUCAGAGGUCAAAGUCUGACCUGAACUUAACAAACUGAGCUGAACUUAAAUCUGCGUCAACUUGAUAUCUGGUCAAACGGUUUGCUAUAAACUCAGAUAAUCUGUGUUGAAGAUGAACCUAUUACCUCCAGAUUUCAUUUCAAGUGGUGUUGCUAACUGAAGUACCUGUAAGGAAUUGAGAGUACAGCUGGACCAGUGCUUUACACACUAAACGAGUUAUCACACCCAAAUCGGAAGCUGAACCUUGGACCAUUCUUUUCAUGGUCAAGCACCAAUUGCUAACUACCCUUGUGCUCAGACAGUCCCUGUGAUCCAGGAAUUCUCAUAAGAAUGGCAGUUUAUCUUCCACACUCAACCCCUAAAAAAUAUCAAGACACUUUAUCGGUUUGAUUUGUUACUUUUGAAACUGUUAUUUCCACUGAUUAAAUCAUUGGUGUGAAGAAAUUUUUGUUAAACAUAAAUGGAUUUUUUCCAUGUUUGCCCAAAGAGAAUAGAACUUACAUGGGCCCAAUUUCAUAGAGCUGCUUAUACAUAAAAAGCUGCUGAGCACAACAAAAUUAUGCUUACCAGAAUAAGGUUACCAGCUAAAAUAUCAUCUUCUUGUAAGAAAUGUAGCUGGUAUCCUGCAAAGUUGUGCUUAGCACAAACAUGUUAAGCAAUAUUUUCUGCUUAAAGCAACUCUAUAAUAUAAAAUAGAGCCCAGCUUGUAACCCUUAACGCAAGGCUAAAAGGGCCAUACAUCGCUUGGGGCAUUUUAUCAUCUGUUUCCACUGCCCCAUUUUAUUUCCUUGGUUAACCCUCCUACUCUUUGUACUAUUUUCCAGCGAGUACCAACCAGUUAUAACCAAUCAGCUGUCUAUAGGCGUUGCAUUUUGUAGCAGUUUAUCACACAGAACUACACACAUUUGUUAUUAUGUACAGUCAACUCUUGUUAUAUAACGAGGCUUUAGAGACUGGCCAAAUUACCUUUUUAUAACAGAAUUGUUAUAAGAGGACAGCCAAACAAAGAAACGCAAAGCAGAAAUGAGAUUCAGGACUUCAAAAUGUACUAUUUAUAAGCAGAACCUCUCUUAACGGUGCUCUUUACAUUGAGAACCGACUGCAUAUGACUUCAAGUCAAAAAAUAUUGUAUUGCAGGCUGGCAUAAAUUAUCUAUCAUUACAUAAUAAUAACUGGAUUUAUAUAGCGCCAAAUUACCAAAGGUGAACGAUGGAUAUUCAAACAGUAGGAGGGUUACAGAUGUAUUGUUGAAGUUUUACUUCAUCUUUUGUAAAGUUUAUUCAAACUUGACAAAGCCAAAUAUUAUAGCAAGCUUUUGUACAAGUUUGAUGAGGAUGUGCAGGUGUAAAUAAAUAAUAACAAAUAAAUGCUUUGUGUUUUUGUGCUUUGCUGGGAAACUUAACUUAGU